GGUGGCAGCUCCAGCGCACAGCACAUUUCAGGGUUUACGCAAUUUCGGGCCAUAAGAUUUUCCUCGACCCGUGAAAAGGCCUUUUGCCACUGCCAGGACAGCUUAAUCUAAACCCAUAAGUGCAGCUGAAGUUUCCCCCAUCUGAAGCGCUGAUCCCAAUCCCAAUCUUCAGUUAAAAGCGCCCAGAGGAGAGCCAGCAAAAGCCCAGUACCAUGUCGCACGCAUUUGCCGCCGCCGUCUGCCGGUCCACCGCAUCCAUGUCUUUGGCCCUGCGCUGCAGCCGGCGGGCCAUGAGCUCCGCAAGGACUCUACGCCUGGCGGCCGCCACCGCCUCAUCAACUGCCUGCAAGGACUGGCAGCGCAACGGAUUACUUUCUGCCCCCCGCAUCGGCAACCAGCAGCAGUACCUCCGCAAGUACGCCAACGAGAAGAAGGUGUUCGAGCGCACCAAGCCACAUUGCAAUGUGGGCACCAUUGGCCAUGUGGACCACGGCAAGACCACCCUCACGGCGGCCAUCACCAAGGUCCUGGCCGACAAGCAGCUGGCCGAGAGCAAGAAGUACAACGAGAUCGACAACGCUCCCGAGGAGAAGGCGCGCGGCAUCACCAUCAAUGUGGCCCACGUGGAGUACCAGACGGAAACGCGGCAUUACGGUCACACGGACUGCCCAGGUCAUGCGGAUUACAUCAAGAACAUGAUCACCGGCACGGCCCAAAUGGAUGGCGCCAUUCUGGUGGUGGCCGCCACCGAUGGUGCUAUGCCUCAGACCCGCGAGCACAUGCUGCUGGCCAAGCAGAUCGGCAUCGAUCACAUUGUUGUGUUCAUCAACAAGGUGGACGCCGCCGAUCAGGAGAUGGUCGAGCUGGUGGAGAUGGAAAUCCGGGAGCUGCUCACCGAGAUGGGCUAUGACGGCGACAAGAUUCCCGUGGUGAAAGGUUCGGCGCUGUGCGCCCUGGAGGACAAGAGCCCCGAGAUCGGCAAGGAGGCGAUCCUGCAGCUGCUGAAGGAGGUGGAUAGCUUCAUUCCCACGCCAGUGCGCGAGCUGGACAAACCGUUCCUGCUGCCCGUGGAGAAUGUGUACUCGAUUCCCGGACGAGGCACCGUGGUCACUGGACGCCUGGAGCGUGGUGUGGUCAAGAAGGGCAUGGAGUGCGAGUUCGUGGGCUACAACAAGGUGCUGAAGUCGACGGUGACGGGCGUGGAAAUGUUUCACCAGAUCUUGGAGGAGGCCCAGGCCGGUGACCAGCUUGGUGCGCUUGUGCGCGGCGUAAAGCGGGAUGACAUCAAGCGCGGCAUGGUCAUGUGCAAGCCGGGCAGUGUGAAGGCUCUCGACCAGUUGGAGGCCCAGGUGUACAUCCUCUCCAAGGAAGAGGGCGGCCGCACCAAGCCUUUCAUGUCCUUCAUCCAGCUGCAGAUGUUCUCGCGCACCUGGGAUUGCGCUGUGCAGGUCCAGAUUCCCGACAAAGAGAUGGUCAUGCCCGGCGAGGACACCAAGCUGAUCCUGCGCCUCAUCCGGCCCAUGGUCCUGGAACAGGGCCAGCGCUUCACCCUGCGCGACGGCAGCCUGACGCUGGGCACCGGAGUCGUUACCAACACCAUGUCCGCCCUGACUGAAUCGCAGCGAUUGGAGCUGACGGAGGGCAAGAAGGCCCGUGAGAAGAAGGUGGCGGCCAAGAAGUAGAGUCCCCAAACGCUGUCAGUCAUUAACUAAAAUCAUAUUCUUAAGCGAUUUUUAUGCAUAUUGUAUAAGUUGUUGGCGCUCCAAUCAGUCGAGUAAAAUAAAAUCAAACCCCACUAAAA